GUGAUAAAGCUGUGAGUAUCGUGUGAAGAGGAAGAUCUGAUAUCCACUGCUCUCGACAACAAUACGCCAACAAUACGUGCCAACUCUAUUGAUAUUGGAUUGGCUCCCUUGUAUUUUUUCUGAAUUCAUAUUCCGAUUUGGAAAGAAGCUGUGAAAUCCGCUCCCGAAAUCAUUUGUGGAGCAGGAAACUAUCUUCUGACGUCCUACAUAAUUUGCCACUACCGAGCUUUUGCAGAGGAGAUCGCAGGAGCAGAUCGCAGGAGCCGCAGAAAAGCCAACGGAAUUAUUCUAAGCAACGUACGUGCAAAAAAAAGUUGUCGAUAGACUUGACAUUUGAUGAUAUAUAGUAUCAAUCAGUAUACUUCAAUACGGACGAGCUUUGAAGAAAAAUCAAUUCUUCAACAGUAAAGGAUCUUAAAAGUGAAUUAGAAUCGCUUUUCCAUCUUUUUCACUGGAUACUUAAGAGCAUACGUUUUGAUACUAACAAGGCUAUCAAGAGCAGCCUGUGAGAGAAGCUAUCAAGAGAGCAACUGUGAACCAUAGUCAAAAAAUGGACACGGUGAAAGAAUCCAUUGCUGUUCCGGGAGUGCAUAUGGAGGAUAUAGUGGAUAAGCUGCGAUACACCCACGCGCCGGAGGGUCAAUUCAGUGGUGUUUCCGGCCUAUUCAAUCGCAUCAGCUUGCACUUUUAUAUGUUUUUGGAAAGCUUCAAAUGGGUGAAGAGUCCACCGGAUAACGAUUCAUUACUCAUAUUCGCCCUAUUAUCGUUUACGAUGACAGUCGGAAGCGGCUUUCUUGCUUGGAACUUGUACAUAUUCAACACUCGACAUCAGUUGGAUCCGAUGCAAGACGUGACGUUUAUUCAGGAACACAAGAUGCGGUGCCGCAGACUAGUGCGGUCUAUUCUAUUUAGGUUGAUCGCCAUGCGCGAGAGAAGCCUACCAAUCGAAAAUGAAGGCAUGGAAGCACCACUGGAGAUUGAAGACCAGCCGCCGAUAGUCUGUCCAAGCGAUGUUGAUCAAAUGAUACAAAUAAUUAUGGAUUUGGAGGCGGGAGAGAACGAUUCCGUUGACAGUACAGACCAAACUGGGAGCAGCGAGUCGAGCGAACUACAUAGUGAUAAUUCUGAUCAGACAGAUGAAGAGAGUCCGCGACUUUAUGACAAUCAGGAGGAUGACAACACCGAAGCGCCAGAAGGAGCGGAUUAUGAUGAUGCCAGAAAUGGAGCAGAUCAAGAGAGGGAACCCCAGCGUAUAGCGCGAGUACCACAGCAUCGGAAUAAGCGUCCAGGCACACCGCGUCACUUCUUAAACGCAACAAUGCCUGGUCAAUCAAUUCGAUCACCUAGGUUCGAGCCGCAGCUCGAUACUAUAUAUGAGGUAGAAAAUGAACGAGAUUACGAAGCGCCGAUCAGACUACCUCCGUUUCGUACUCUGCCACAGCAACCUUUGGUACCACCACCACCGUCAGGGUCAUUAAUUCUGCAUCCGGAUCUGCUUCGAUUGCCACCGGUACUUGAGCCCAUGCAGCUGAGGGACCCUUCGCAAGCAGCACAGUCAGCGGAUCUUGAUACUAUAUCAGUGGGAGAGCAACCACAACCAGUGGCCUUACAAGAACGCGCACCAGCGCCUACAGACCAACAGGGGGAAAUCGAGGUGCCCGUUAUUACAAGCGUUCUGCCUUAUAGUCAGGCGUAUGUGAAUCAUGUGGAGUUGAGUUCGCCUGUUCAUCUGCAGCACGUAAACAGACGGACCAGAGCCACCCAAACGCGUCCGGACCACAGCCUGCACCCGGCCAAUUCUAGCGUACCCCAAUUCAACCUGUUUGCCGACCCAACCGGCUUGGAAAAUUCCGUGCCCGCUGAUCGGGAAACUCUUGAGCAACUGGCCAAUGAAUCCAACUUGCCUCGCCCGUCUGAUUCGCCGGGAAAUCCGUACUUAUUGUAACGACGGCCCGAUCGUAACUAAUUAUCAGCCACAUUAUUACCCACAAGCUUUUUCUUUUAUAUUUGUAUAUGUAUUUCAUCGUUAUAUUUUCUAUGUAUUUAUUUGAGGACAACUUCGUUAGUUUUUUGUUUCGUUCAAAUACGAACUGCAUCGUGAUCAUUUCAUAUACAAGAAUAACCACAUCUCAAGCAUUAUGCAACAGUACAAUCGCAGAAUACCACAUUAAGGAAAGAUCAUCUAAAUUCUGGUGAGUCUAGAAAAUGAGCUUCAUAAAAUAUAUAACUCGACCGUUUAAGCACCCACAUUAAUGAAGGAUCAACUAAAUUUGCGUAUGUAUCGAAGAUAAACACCAUUUGGAACAUAUCAGGAGUUUUGUGAAUAUGACGCUAGAAAGCACAGAACAACAAUAGCCUACAACUAACUUUAGUGGAAGGCGUUCAAUAUUUUGGAGGAGCAUUUAAAAAUGCCUGCAAAGCGACACGAAACUUCCCCCCUAAAUUGCGGUAUAAUAUUGUUUUGAUCUUGAAACAAAAUGUUUGGAAACACAAAAUUAUUUGCGGUGUACAAGCUGCGAGUCGGUAACGACUUCAUCUUACGCACAUAUACACGCACACACGCACACAUAA